AUCGCGGGCGCUUCUCGCUCAAAACAAACUUUCAACCAUGAAAGAAUACAAACAUAGUGGAGCUCUGCGUUUAAUUCUAUUAUUUUCGGUUUUUAAUACGGUUAACGGAUUUUUUGAUGGCUUAUACUGCGGAGAGGUGAACUGCUAUGACGGUAAGUACAUAUAUUUAAAAAUCGGUUCCAUCCUAUAAAUUCUAGGGCAAAAAAUCGAGUUUUUAAACCCCCCUAUUAUAACACGUUGCUUUUUAAAUCGAAUUUGUUAUUGCUUGUAAUUUGCGGGUGUCCCUCGCGCGGUUUUAAUUAAUUACCUGUCGAAAUUGACCAAUAGUAUUCGAGCUUUUCUCGUGAUCCCGCGAGUUUUCAAUAAAUCUCGCGAGAUAUUUAAAGACCAUUUUGUCAACAUUGACUUUAUUUUUGUAAACAAAGAUUUUUUAUUAAUUGUUCUUUUUAAUUGUUUUUUGUCCCUAUAGUUCUUGGGGUGACGCGAGAAUCUUCAAAGGUUUGCUAAUAUAUGAAUGGAGUUUAGAGAUUGCCUGUUUUUUUGUUCACAUUAGAAAUUAAAUAUAUUACUUUUAAAAGUAUAUGGUUACUAAUUAAAUAUAUUGGCCUAUGGCCAUUAAAUCCGGUACUAUUAAGUGUUAACAUACCCCUUCAAUAGCAUGUCAUAAAUCCCUGACUCCAUGCUGUAAAGUAUUGUCUUUUUGAAGGAAAUUAAUUUCCUGCACAAAAAUUAUUGCAUUUAUAGGAAUAUGCACAAUUUUUUUCCAAAUUGUAAAAACCUGCAAAUAAUUUGAGAAGAAUUUGAACAAAAUGAUUUUGUAAACCAAGGACCAAGCAGAUUUCUGAUCUUCCUAUUUGACAAACUGUGAUAAAUUUUUUCUGCAUUUCAUUUGAAACUGUAGUUCACUUAGACAGUUUAACCCUGCAGUUUGCAUUGUAAUAAAAUACUCUUUCAUCAGAAAACAACAAGUAUAAAUCAUGCAAUCAGAGACUGAGUUCACAUAUGAGACUCUGAUAGGCUAGUAGGUUAUUAACCGUGGUUAUUGUCAGCGUGUGGGCAGGUAGGAAGUGUGGGUGUGACAUACACACGAUAAUUAACCCUUUAAGUGGCAAUUAAUGCACCCAGAUGUGCCCUACUUUAUUAUUUUACUCUGUCUAACGCCAGACAAUUUUACUCGUCAGGGGGAGAGUGCUGCCGCUCAACGGGUUAAUUAGACUAUCUGCCCAUGCACCCUGUUAACCCUUUAAGUGGCAAUGCACGCUACUUUAUUAUUUUACUCUGUCUAAUGCCAGACAAAUUUAACUCAUCAGGAGGAGAGUUCUGCCACUCAAUGGGUUAAUAUUGGAGCUCUGCUUUGCACUAGCUGCUUAUAAGUGAAUUGGCUGAUCAUAGGUAUUGGGCUGAUUUCUGCCUCAUCGAUAGACAAUUAGAAUUAGAGAAUUAUCUGUAUUUCCGAUUGUGUAACACCGAUUGAGAAAAUAUGCGCUUUAAAAAUGAUAUACAUUGCGCAUUGGUACACAGUGUGUUUUUACACAAUUUUUUGCCACAACAAAAUUAAUGUGUGAAUUGCACCCAUUUAUGAAUAGUUAUAGUCACUUUUGCUCAGUCGACUGACAUUAUGACGUCAUUACAAAAUCGGUGUCAGUACUAGAUUGUUGCAUGAAUAAUCGGUAAUAUCCCAUCAUUUAAUUUUUCCCAGCUGCAUUGUUUAAAUUACAAUAUGCAAUUGACGUAUCAUUAUCUAGAGUGAAAUCACUAAAGCGUACCGGAAGCUAGCGAAGAAAUACCAUCCUGAUAUAUAUAAGGUAAGAGAAGCAUGUUCAUUAUUUAUAAAAUUUGUUAUUUCUGUUGCAUUGAACAGUAUAUGAUUCAUAAGAUUGGUCAUAAUGUCUUUUGGUCAAUGGUGAAUUUAACUUUAAUAAUUAUUUUCUAUAACUUUUAGGGCAGCGAUGCAGAGGAAAAGUUCAGAUUAAUUGCAACAGCGGUUGAGGUACGUAAUUGUAAUUGUUGUUUAGAGGGAAAAUUAAACUAUAUAACAAUCAAGUUUAUUAGCUAAUUUAGCUUAAUUGCAUUGCCAGGUUUGAGACUAUAUCUUUAAUCUGACACUCCUAAAUCAGCUUAAUUACACUAUACUAGGAGAUACUAACAUUAAACAAAAUAACUAUAUAUAUGAACUAUAUAUAUGAAAAGUUUAUGAUGCUCUUAAUGCAGCACUUUUAAAAGUGUUGAUAUUCACAGGCAGUUUGAUAUAGGGGAGAUUGUUCCAGGUUAUAAUACAAUAGUUGUUGGGUAAAAUGAAAAUUUGAAAAUAUCAUUGCUGCAAGAAACUUGCUACUUUAAAGGGAUGAUGAUUUGGAAGUCGAGAUUUUCUUUUUAGAGGGUACAGUCCUCAGGGGGAAGUUUAAAUAUAAAUAUAAAUAUAUUUAAGUUUAAAUAUAUUUAACUAUAUAUGUACAGGUCUCGGCAGGUGACAGCUAUAGGCAGCCUUUCAAAUCUCAUGGUAUUGCGGGAAAAUGAUUUUUGAAAAAAAAUGAAUGCAAUGAUUAUGAUUUAUGACUGUACCUUUUGUAUUAUUUUCUACUUUCUUCCAAAUCCAAUGAAAAAUUCUGCAUGUGGGGGUUAAUGUAUUUUGUACGAUUCUACAUAGAUAUUGAAAGAUGACGAGCAACGCAAAGAUUAUGACUACAUGUUGGAUCAUCCUGGUAAUUGUAACAAUUUUCUAUCCAUGAAUAUACAAGGGUGCUGGCCCACCUCCCACAUUGCCCUCACCCCCCCCCCCCUGGUUGUGGCGAAGUUCCUUUCCUAAUUUCCAUAAUGGAUGACUCCAGCUGUGGACGAAAUUUUGAUCUGGACAAGAAGAACAAAAUCCAUUACCACAGCUGGAAAGAGCAUUUUAAGAUGAGUAAAAUGUUUGGUCGUGAUUUGUUGUAAAAUGAGGAAAAUAUAGCCCUGUAAAGUGCGCAAAUUUUGUAUAUAUUUGCAUUACGCGCGGGAAAAAUAAUCAUUUUUGAGCCGAAAGUGGUUAUUUUUACCGCGCGUAAUACAAAUAUAUACAAAAUUUGCGAACUUCACAGGACUAUAUUUUCUUCAUUUUACAACAUUUAGCAACCAAACUUUGCAGUUUUACUCAUUCUAAGACGCUCUUUCUAGCUGUUGUGUUGGAUUUCAUUCUUCUUGCCUUGAUCAAAAUUUAGUAUAUAGCUGGAAUCACCCAUUAGGCUUUCAGAAACUAUUGGGAGGGAGGCCGGUUGGCCUCCCUGGCCACCCCUGCUGUCCGUCACCACUAUGCUUAGAAGUAUCUGCUUCCUAGCUACUAAUAAACUUGAAAAUCAAAUUUCCUCAACUUUUAGAGGAGGCCUACUAUAAUUACUACAGAUAUUACAGAAGGCAGGUUUCGCCUCAGGUUGAUGUCAGAAUUGUGAUUGCAGUGACAAUUACUAUAGUCAGCGUUUUACAGGUACGGCUUCUGUUACUGUUAUCUGAGGAUGGCCUGAUUUAUACGCACGCGUAAAACCGUACAAGUUGUCACAGAGCUGCAAAUCAGUUGUAACAAGGUUGUUGUGAAGCCGAUAUCAGGAUGUGUUCGCACUGCUUGUUCCCAGUUGUUGUGACAAGUCUGGAACAAGUUGUUAUCAUCUUGUUACAAGGUUGAUGACGGUAACAGACUUGCUACAAGUUGUUCCAACAAGACUAAUACAGGCUGUUCAUAACAAGUUGCCACGAGCUUGUUGUCAUCAACUUGUUAACAACUUGUUACGUGCAGACGAUAUCAGACUUGUUGGAACAACUUGUUGCGAGUCUGUUGCAGUGCAAACACACCAUGUUCUGGCAAUACAAAAAUUGAGAGUACCUGUAUAUACCUGACAAAUAUCUUUGCCGUAUUCUCUAGUACCUCCAUGGCUGGCAACGUUAUAAUGAAGCUGUCUCGUACGCCUUGCGAGAACCUAAAUAUAGAAACAAGGUUGGAUUUUAUUCACUACAGAUAAAUAUUAUCCGUCUACAGUUCGUUCUGUGCUUUUUUACUCGUCAAGGGGAGCAGCUAUUAAAAUUAUGUUUAAUGUUAUGUGUGUAUUUUCAUGUCAGGCUAUGGGGAUUGCGCUUCAAGAAGGCCUUUUAAAUGGCUUAAAAAAGAAGAAACGGCCUAAGGUAAUGUAUAAGGAGCUGUUUAUAUGGAGGCGAGCCAGCCCAGGUACGCGAGUGGUAGCUCGUUCUGCCGAUUGCCGAGACCAUGGAAUUUUAUCCUGUGUUUAGAUCCCACAAAAUCGUUCGCAGAGGCCUUUUAAGAUUGAAAUCUGUCGAGAACAUCUUAUUUACAACAGUAAGCAUAUUCGCGUGAACAGAGCAGUAACACUCCGGCCCGGGUAAUGGCGUUUAUAUGGAAAAUUUCCUGGCCAGGUCACCCGAGAUCUCGGGUCAGUCGAGGCGGCAUCUCGUUUAGGCGGGCCAGCUUGGGUAACCGGGCUAGCUCCCCCAAUUUCCGCGCACCCAUGUAUUAUUCUCUAUGUAAACCGCUAGCUUCGAACACAACACAGCAUCUGUAUGUAUUCUGUUUCUUGUUUAAUCACUCCCUGAGUUAUAAAAUUGUUUUAUUUCAGGAAGAAGUCAAGGAGGAAGAAGAGAACAUUCUUAGAAGUGUCGUGGAACGAAAUGUAGACAUAAGGUUAACAAUUGAAUAUCCAUCUAAUGUAAUGGGCGCCUGAUCUCCCAAAACUUCAAAAAAAUCAUCUGAAUGAAAGAUCACUGCAUUCAGAAAGGACUAACUUAGAUUUUGAUAUAUAGCACUUGAAUUUACAUGUGAACGUUGAACUACUGUUUUUGACAACAAAAAACAACCUUAUAAUUAUCGAUGUAAUUAUACUUGUUAAAUAAUAAAUAUUUUUAUUUUGGUCGUAUCUCGCUCAAUAUUGCAUGUAAAUUCAAGUGUUAUAUAUCAAAAUCUAAGUUAGUCCUUUCUGAAUGUAAUGAUCUUAAUUUCAUUGCGAUAGCUUUUAUAACUUUUACGUUACAUGAAAUCAAACAGUCUCCAUUUUUUUGUGGACACCCGGCAUUUGAUUUUUUACCUUUCUAACACGAAUUUUUUUUAUCCCUAUAAGAGGUUUCUCUUUUUCUUGUCUCACAGAGGUGGCUAUAGUCGACCGUCGCUCUUACAAGUUCUAUGGAUUCAAAUUAUAUUCAGGUAUGUUCAACACAGCAUUUCAGAUAGCUCUCCAAUACGAACACUUCUUUGUUACGGGAGCUUUGGUAGCGCGGUCAUCCAAACAAGCGCCUUUCAUCGCCAGAGUUAACGUUCAAUGCUAUAUUAUAGGUAAUAUUAUCGGACAAAGGUUUCAUUACCCAACCCUUUUCUCUUCGGUGCCACCCCCCCCCCCCCUGCCACAAAUAUUAGCGAGCUUAUAGCAUGUAGGACGGGAAGUACAGUUUAACGAUCAAGAUUAACACAAGGUUUAUGAUUGGGAAAAGUUCUGCGACGCAAUCUAAAUAGCACUUGUACAUGUCCCAGCUUGGAAUAUAAGUCUUGUAUGCAAGACGUGCCAAUCUGUAUUUUGCCGUUGUAAACAGAGCAACGGCGACGUCUAAAAGUUCCGCAGGAUUUUAAUUAUUAAUUUCUGCUUUUUUUUCAUGUAUAAAUAUAAUAUUAAUACCUGCCCUCAUUCCACUUUAGUCCAGCUUCUUGACGUUCUUAAUAACUGUAGUUCUUUAUAACUUUAAAAGUGUAAAAUUUAAGGCUGUUUCUUGUCACGUUCCCAUCCUAGAUUAAGCUUUGCUUAAGUUCGCUAAUGACUGGUCCCUAACGGCAGCUUAUGCUAUAUACGUGACAUGUCAUGUUUUCAUUCGUCUAGCCCUUACUACUUGGUACAAUAUAUAAUAUUCAGUGUUCGCUGGUUUUGGAAAUUCACAAUAUGUGGCGAGGAGUAUGGCGCUGAAGAGAAGGAAUACUUGACAAGGAAACGACUUAAAGUCACGCAAACACAAUGGGAGGUAUUGAAAUAAGAUGAAGAAUUUCAUCAACAUGCAUAACUCAGCCUAGGAAACAUUGUUUCCUAGCCAUGUUUCCCAAAGAUGGACAAACCAGGAAACAUUGUUUCCUAGCCAUGUUUCCCAAAGGUGGACAAACCAGGAAACACUGUUUCCUAGCCAUGUUUCCCAAAGGUGGACAAACCAGGAAACAUUGUUUCCUAGCCAUGUUUCCCAAAGGUGGACAAACCAGGAAACAUUGUUUCCUAGCCAUGUUUCCCAAAGGUGGACAAACCAGGAAACAUUGUUUCCUAGCCAUGUUUCUCAAAGGUGGGCAAAACAGGAAACAUUGUUUCCUAGCCAUGUUUCCCAAAGGUGGACAAACCAGGAAACAUUGUUUCCUAGCCAUGUUUCUCAAAGGUGGGCAAAACAGGAAACAUUGUUUCCUAGCCAUGUUUCCCAAGGUGGGCAAACCAGAAAACAUUGUUUCCUAGCCGUGUUUCCCAAAGGUGGACAAACCAGGAGACAUUGUUUCCAAUGUUUCCUGGCCAUUUUCUCUGAAGAUGUCAGCUGCUGUUUGCUUGAUCUAUCACAAGCGAUUCGAUACUUAUUUUUGAGCAAAUUAUGAGCAUAUGACCAUUGCUUUCAUCCCAGACAGGUGUUCGCUUCUAUUCACGAGUUACUUAAUAUUUUCUCUUCAUUAAUUGCUAGGCUAUAAUUAAGCAAGAAAAAGACGAGCUUGUUGAGAGAGAAUUAUGGAUACCUCAAAAUCUUACGGUGAGAAUUUAUCUGUUGCGCAGUAAGAAUUAAGAGAUAAUCUUUUGUAUGUUACGUAACACGCGCUCAGCUGUAAAGUUAUGCUAAAAUGAAGAUAUUUUAGAUGGUACGCCAAAGAGAAAAUUAUGUGUGAAGUUCAGUAAUUAUAUUGCUGCAUGCAUAAAUAUGGCGUCAAUUUUACAGCAUCAAUGAUAGGCUAACUGUAUUUAAAUUGACAAUAUUCAACUAUUAUUUUGUGUUUCUCAACCGCCAGAUACAUUUAAAAAGCUUGCUAACUGUGUAAACUCAUUGCAAAUACGUGACGUUGAAAUGGACCUUUCCCCUUAUAACUAAAAUUUUGAUCUAGACAAAAAUUUCAUCACAGCUUGAAAGAGCAUCACAAAAUUAGUAAUAUUCCGACGUUUCGUUGCGAAAUGUUGUAAAAUGCGGAUAAUAUAGCCUUGCGAAAUUUUCCGUUUUUCAGUCAUUUUGUAUUACGCAUGGGAAAUUGACAGCCCAAUCGGGUGUUGGGGCAUCAAUUUCCCGUUUGUAAUACAAAAUGACUGAAAAUUGCAAAUUUCGCAGGGCUAUAUUAUCCGCAUUUUACAACAUUUCGCAACGAAACUUUGGAAUAUUACUAAUUUUGUGAUGCUCUUUCAAGUUGUCUAGAUCAAAAUUUUGGUUAUAAGGGGAAAGGUCCAUUGCCUCUGCGGUUGUGAAAGACGUUUGCUACAAUAACUACGUUGCUUAACCCCUUCUGGUUCUAAUUGAAUUUUGAUAUUCUGAUGUAGGAAUAUCAAAAGGAAAAGGAAGAAGAAAUGAAAGAGAAAUUGGCGCAGAAUAAUAAAUAUAAAUCUUAUAGGUAAGUAUGAUUGCGAGUGUUAUCGUGCGUUAUAUAUUACGUUUAUUCAUUUACUUUUUUCAUGCUAAUAAAAAUCAGGCUUUUAGCUGUCGAAUGAUACCUUUCUUGUGUCAUUGCGAUCAAAAAUAGCUAAAUGCAAUCCGAUUUAAAAAUGCCGCUUAAAAUCACAAUUUCCACCGUGGCAAUUGCAUGAAAAGCUAUUGUCUUAUAUAGGGGCUGUUUAUAUGAUCCAGAAUUAUUUUGAAUUAUUUUGAGCAAUUGAAAUACGUGUUUCAGCCCUAAACAAAGUUAGAUAACUUUAAAUAUUGUUUAAACGAAAUUAGGAACGCGCUAUAGAAGUUAUAGUGGAAGAAGACGAUUAAUAGCAUUCAACAACUUUUGUUUUUUGUCUAAAACAUGGAAUUUCAUACAAUUUGUAACAAGCAAUUUUGUUAGAUCAUGAAGUGCGACUUAUUUCAAUUGCUCAAAAUACGUCACACUUCAUUGAAUCCAGGGUAAGCGGGAUCAUAUAAACAGUCCUUAGUGUUGAAAUUAUUCUCAUUUCGGAUUCAAAUUCAAGUCGCUUGAAUCAAGAUGGCGCAACGCAAUUGUAACCAUCAAGUUUUGGUAAAUUUCCGCUCGCAGUUUUGCAUUGAGUGGUUCAAAUAUUUUACAACACUGGAAGCUUGCAUACUCACUACUGGACUCGCAAUGUACGUUUCCUAAAUGGGCAACAACCAUUUGGGAAAAUGUUCGAAAAUUGGAAGAAUAUUUAAAUCCUAAAUGUGGAAAAAUACGAAUUUAACCGACCACUUUAAUUAAAUUAGAUCGUAUUUGGUUAUUUGUUAUCGCAAUGAUUCAAUAAAGGUGUCAUUUGAAAGCUAAAAGCCUGACCUUUAUAAAUAUGAAAACAGAAGACCUUUAAAUGUAAUAAUUAACACACAAUUACCUGUCAAAGUUGAACUACCUUUUUUAUAUACCCUAUUUUUUGCGCGCAAAUUUAUAUUGCGCAUGCGCAUCAGCCAUUCUUGAUAAGAUUUAAAUGGGAAGAUUUAAAGGCUUGUUUUCAUGACUAUGCGACAGUCGCCGAGUGUCGCCAGUUGAUCAGAGCUAUUCUUGAAAACGUUUAUAUAGCGCAUGCGUAGAACGUCUUUUAUGCUAAUUAUUCUGUCCCACAAGCCGUAGAACGGGAUACGGUAUUUAUAAGCUAAAGUGACAAAGUGGUCAAUUAUCAUCAGUAGGGUGAUCCUUACCUGUGGUCCCCUCUGGGGACACAGUGAGGACACGUGAUGAAAUAGAGAGUGAUGAUUGGUUCAUGACUUACUUUCUCUGGGUUGGCAGGAAAUGCAACACCUGCCAAUGCCAUUUCUGACUCCCCUACUGAUGGUCAGCUUUUUAACGACUAAGAACAAGAAAAUGUCAUCCUUUCCUACAAAAACAGAUAUAGACACAAAUUUAGUUUGCACAGAAAAGAUCUCACAUACUUGUCAACAAGAUGUGUUCGCAACAGGCUUGUAGCAAGCUUGUCAACAGGUUGUAACAAUGCUGUUAUUUUUCCAAGUUGCUACAAGGUUGUCACUCAUAACUUGUUGACAAGUUGUUGAAUUGUAGGACGAUAACAAGUUGUUGGAACAACUUGUAACAACUCUGUUGAGCUCAAUAACCUUGUAGCUAAAACAAAGUAGUUUUGAGCGGAACGCCAAAGAUAUUUUUGGCUUUGAACAUUUUUCAUCGCAAAUUGAAAAAAAUUGCCUAUUAUAAAUUAAAUUAAAUUUUCUUGUCUAGACGUUACAUGAAGAAUCAUGGCCCAGGUCGAAUCACAUUCGAAGAGGAUUAACAAUUUUCACAAAGACAGCUCAACCAAUGACCAAUAUUAAACAAUGCGCACACAAGUUCACGAGAUAUUGACAAUUACAGAUAUGAUUGAUUGAUAUAUCAUACCUGACCCCUGCAGCGCGCUCGCUUGGUGCAAAGCACAAUAAGUGUAACUUCAACGCACGCGCGUAUACGCAACAACCAAAGCCAUAGCGCCAUUGCAUUGAGCCGUAGUGUAAAUUAUAUUUAAGCCAAGUACAGCCUUUCUCGAAAGGACCAGUACAUUAGAGAUUAAUUAAUUUUAAAAACCUUAACUGUCUUUAACAAUUAGAAAGGUCUGGACUGUAUUUCAUAGUGCAAUACGGCUGACAAUGACAGAGAAAUGCGAAGAGAAAGAUAUUUUCAAUUCAAUACAUAUUUUAGAAGUAUACGUGUUGCUGGUAUUUGAUAUCGAUGUAUUUUUGUUGAAAACUGUGUGCAAAGUAUAAAACGGAAUCCGAGAA